CAAAGAAAGAGUAAAGUUUGACGACAUAUCAUCUGGUAUUUACCCCGUUUGUUAUUUUAAUAGAUAUCCAAAUAGCUAGAGCAAUUAUGGACCAGUGAACUGAUAGCACUAAUGGCGUUAUCAACAACGUUUUUUCUUUAUAUACACACAAGAGAUUUGCAUUCGAAACUCAGGGAAAUGGAAAUCAAAAUACAACCAGUUAGUAUGAUAUCUUCAAAUCAGUUGAUUUUGGGGGAUAGUGGCCCAGCAGAACCAACGGGAGUUAAAGCAACAAUGAAAUUAUUAGAAAGCACUGGACAGAUGUCAACUUUACAACCAGCUCUACUAAACAACACUCGAAAAGCCGAAGUAGACCUUAUUUUUUUUAAUCGUGUGCCAAAAGUAGGAUCUCAAACGUUAAUGGAACUCAUGAGGAGACUUAGCAUCCGCAACGAUUUCGGGUUUCAUCAGGAUAUGGUUCAAAGAGUAGAAACUAUCAGACUUUCUCCGGAAGAUCAAGCAAUUUUGGCCGCGUUAAUUUCUAGUUACGAUCCUCCUGCUGUAUAUAUCAAACAUGUUUGUUUCACUAAUGUUUCAAAUUUUGGUUUACCGGAGCCAAUAUACAUAAAUUUAGUGAGAGAUCCAGUUGAACGAGUGAUUUCUUGGUAUUAUUAUGUUCGAGCACCGUGGUAUUACGUGGAAAGAAAAAUCGCUUUCCCAGAUAUACCCCUACCCGAUCCAAAAUGGUUAAAAAAAGAUUUCGAAGAAUGUGUUUUAUCCGGAGAUCGAGAAUGCAAAUAUUUAAGAGGCGAGAUUAGAGAAGGUAUUGGAGAUCACAGACGCCAAUCGAUGUUUUUCUGUGGUCAUCAUCCUGAAUGUUUACCGUUUAAUACACAGGGAGCGUUGGAAAGAGCGAAACGUGCCGUGGAACAAAAUUACGCAGUCGUAGGCGUUCUAGAAGAUUUAAAUACAACUUUGACCGUUUUCGAACGUUAUAUACCGAGAUUUUUUGAAGGAGCUUCAGAUUUGUAUUGGAAUGAGAUCAGUAGAUAUAAUCCUAUCAACAAGAACAACUUUAAACCACCGGUUAGUGAAGAGGUGAAAAAUAUGGUUAGGAAAAACUUCACGAAAGAAAUAGAAUUUUACGAAUUUUGUAAACAGAGGUUACAUAAACAAUAUUUAGCUUUGAAACUUCCCGAUUUGGUUACUUAAGUUCGUCUAAAUUGUUUAUUUGGGUUAUUAAAAUAGGAUGUAAUCUAAUCGGUAUAAAUUUGAUGCCGCUUGGGGACAUCUUUUGGUAAUAAGCUUAGAGCGAGGGUUUGCUAGACAUUCGUUAACUUUGCUAGGUGUUAGGUAAUGAAGUUGAUGCCCUUUUUCAAAUUGAUACAUUUCUUUCAAAUAUUUUUUGACUGAUCGGAAUAACAAUUUUCUUCUUUAACACCGAAAUAAUGUUGUAAGAUAAAUUUUAAGGUUAGGAGACAAAGAUUCAUUUUGGAGCCAGCCCUGUAGAAAAUUAUCGAUUGUUAACCAAUCAAAGUGCAAAUUAUAAAGUCUUUUCCUUCUUUGGAGCAUUUUCACUUUUUGUAACCUACAUUUCGACUAUAUUUCAAUCUUCAAAAUCAUAAUUCUCUUAUUUAUGUGAAAAAAAAGUACUUCAGAAUAUUUCUUUUUUUACUUCGUGUUUAUUACAUUUCCAAGUAAACUUUUUGUUAUAAAACUCAUUAUGACACUUCUUUAUAAUGGUUUUAUGCAGUAAAUUACAAAAUUUCGAUUUGGAAUCCGCUUAAACUGUUCACAAAAUUUUAUUUUUGAACCCAACGAGCCUCGAAUAUAACCCAGCAUCAAUUUAUUCCUUUUUUCAACGUUAUCAUAUUUUUUGCAUCCUUGAUGCCUCAUUAUCAAUUUACCAUGUUCAAAUUCACUUACAAUUUUAGAAAUAUUAACAGGACCGGCUCAUAUAAAUUUGCUACCGGUACUGAAGUCGAAAGUUU